CACAUCAACCACGACACAUUUGAAAGACGCACACGUUUUGCCUCAAGUUUCGUCGCUGCCGCAACGAACUCCAGAUCAGCCGGCUUCCGGCCAGUUGACGCGCGGCCGUUGGGCGUCGCGGUCCGAGGGGGGUAAAGCCGAUGUUUCGGUUCGGGCGCUCGUUUCCGACACGAGUGGUUUCUUCGGCAAAUGAAACUCUAAGGCUGAAAUGUCCGCGGCUGAUGUGCUCGGGCGACCCCGACCCGGAGCAGCCGGUCCCGGACGAGCAGAAGGUUACUAAAAGACGAAAGAGGAGAGCUGCAUGCCGGCCAGUACUGGACUGUUUUGAUCAACAGUACAGUCAUGAACUCGGACACUUAUGGACAUCUGCAAGAAAAGUGCUCCUCAGCCCUCACUCCUGGCAGUAUGGCGUCAUGCUCAAUCGCUUCACCAUCCUGACAGACGUCAAACAUAUCCUCACGUCACACGGGUUCACCACCUUCGUGCCAAAAACGGACGCCUCCGUGUUGCCUUGUGUUACCCCCACAGUGACGCCCACUUCCCAGCAGCCAGUAGACCACGAAUCAUCUCUACCUCCCUCCAGCUCCGUGUGGCCUGCCAAGUCGGAUGGCCCCCAUCUCCGCCCAGACCCCACCUCUCAAUUCGUUUGUCAAGACUCUCAGUGGGAGCAUCUUUCUCCAUCCUGCCUGCCCUCAUCCUCCCUGCAAUGUUAUAUCCACCCGUCUGCGUUUUGGUUUCCGUCCCAGGCCCAUUGGCCAGGACACCUGAAGCAGUACUACCUCCUGAAUGCUGCCUCCCUGCUUCCAGUGCUGGCUUUGAACGUCAGAGACGGGGAAAAGGUUCUGGAUCUUUGCUCGGCUCCUGGCGGCAAAGCUUUAGCCAUUAUGCAGACUGCCACGCCAGGGUUGCUCUGCUGUAAUGAGCCGGAUCCUCACAGACGGGACUGGCUGGCCAAAACCCUGGAGUCUUUUCUCCCACAGCCACUAAACAACAGAGUGAUUGUAUCCAACCAGGAUGGUCGCUCCUUUGGGCUGAAUAAAACUGGGGAAUAUGACAAGGUUUUAGUGGAUGCACCCUGCUCUAAUGACAGGAGUUGGCUUUACUCUGCCAAUGGCCAGCAGGGGGAAGAGAGAUUAAAGGAGAGAGUCAAGCUGCCUGGGCUGCAGGCUCAGCUGCUGAGGUCUGCACUGAGAGCUGUGCGGCCGGGCGGGGUUGUUGUCUACUCAACAUGUACGUUGUCCAGCUCUGAAAACCAAGCUGUGGUAGAGGCAGUUCUGAACACCUGUCCCGAGGCUGAACCUGAAGAUCUGUGGGAGGAGUUUGUUGUCCCGUUCUCAAACCACUUCACAUUCAGCCCUGCCCACCGGGACCAUGGACGGCAGGCUCGUGGAGAAUCUUGCCAAUUCCAGAGCGGCGCUGUGCCGUUUUACCACCACAAACAUGGUAUCCUAGUGGUUCCUCAGCCGGGCAAGACCUGGGGACCCAUGUUCCUGAGUCGAAUUCGAAGGACAUGCUGAACUCACACAGCGAUAAGCCAGUGCUGAAGCGUCAGGCAAACCUAUCUUUGUUGCACUUCUUUUUGUUACCUGUGGUUUUGACAGAUUUGUAAGUAUUAAUAACUCUGUAUAUACAGCCCAUUAUGAAAAGAGGACGGCGGCACGGUGGCACAGUGGUUAACG